AUGGCUCCACCACCCACUUCAGAGGUGGAUUGUCUCAUUGUUGGUGCAGGUCCUGCAGGCUUGAUGGCAGCCACGUGGAUGUCUCGUUGCGGUAUCAAAACUAGGAUCGUUGACAAAAGAGGUACAAAGGUUUUCAACGGGCAAGCGGACGGUCUCCAAUGCAGGACUCUUGAGAUCUUCGAUUCUUUUGACUUUGCGCAUCGCGCGUGGCGAGAGUCUAACCACAUGUUGGAGAUCUGUCUUUGGAACCCAAACGACCAAGGUGUCAUUCGAAGGUCGGACCGCAUUCCUGAUACCAUUCCCGGUAUCAGUAGAUUUCAGCAAGUCGUCCUGCACCAAGGGCGGAUUGAACGGUUUUUCUUGGAUUCGAUCAAGGAGCACAGUAACAUCCAAGUCGAGCGUGGUGUCCUCCCAGAAAGACUGGAAUUUGAUGCUUCGAAAGCAGAGGACGAGGAUGCGUACCCAAUCACGGUGACAUUGAGACAUCUAACCGACGAGGAAGCUACACCGCAUCAAGAUCUGAGCAGUACUGCGACCAACCAGGCUUUGAACGGCAGUGCGCCUCAGAAUGGAAUGUUCAGGAGUAACCUUGCUGCCGAUGAUACCGAUGAUCUGAUCCGGAAAGCCAGAGCUGAAGCUGGGUCUACUGAAAUCGUCAAAGCUAAAUACAUGAUCGGUUGCGAUGGAGCCCAUUCGUGGACAAGGCGGCAGAUAGGCUUCAAGAUGGAGGGUGAGCAGACAGACUAUAUCUGGGGAGUGCUUGACAUUAUCCCUAUCACGAAUUUUCCCGAUAUUCGUAUGAGAUGCGCAAUCCAUUCGGCAAACUCAGGCAGCGUCAUGGUGAUACCAAGAGAGAACAAGCUGGUGCGAUUGUACAUUCAGAUCACUACAACGGAGAAAGAUGGGAAUCCAGUCGAACGUGCUAAGAUUGGACCACAAAUGAUCUUAAAGUCAGCACAAAAAAUCAUGCAUCCAUACCACUUAACGUACGAAUACUGCGAUUGGUGGACCGCAUACCAAAUUGGUCAAAGGGUGGGCUCAAAUUUCUCCCUCCACGAACGUGUGUUUCUCGCAGGAGACGCUGUACAUACACAUUCCCCGAAAGCAGGACAGGGCAUGAAUGUCAGCAUGCAAGACACAUUCAAUCUAGGCUGGAAGAUCGCCUCCGUGCUCAACAAAAUCUGCACCCGCUCCAUCCUCCAAACUUAUCAAUCCGAACGCCGCCGUAUAGCUCAAGAUCUCAUCGCCUUCGACCACCGAUUUUCCCGUCUCUUCUCUGGCCGACCGGCCAAAGACAUCAUGGACGAAGAGGGCAUCUCCAUGGAGGAAUUUAAAUCAGCUUUCGAGAAAGGGAACAUGUUCGCCAGUGGUAUCGCGGUUGAUUACGGGGCUAGUGUUAUUGUUGCGAAAGCGGGCGAUCUGGCGGAGCAGGGGGAUGGCACAGCUGCAGAAAGCCCAGGGCGGGACGACAAGAACCGAGUUGUGGGAAAGCAAGACCUGGCCGGCGACAUCAAAAUCGGCAUGCGAAUGCCAAGUUUUCAAGUCCUCAACCAGGCAGAUGCCCGGCCCUCCCAAUUCCAAGAACUCCUCAAAUCCAACGGGCGGUGGCGCGUCGUCGUCUUCGCUGGCGAUCUUCGAGAUCCGGAGCAAUGGGCCAGAUUCACGAGUUUGGGAGAAGCAUUAGCCCAGCCUUCCACGCUCUUCUCCCGCUGUAAUGCCAGGGCUGGCCCGAAUUCGGUCAUCGAAGUCCUAACCAUCCACUCCGCGCCUCGCACUGCGAUCGAGUUGCUGGAUCUCCCUGAGAUCUUCCACCCUUUUUCAGAGCGAGAAGGCUGGGACUACUGGAAGGUGUUUGUGGAUGAUGUGUCUUAUCAUGAGGGGCAUGGUCACGCGUAUCAGAAUUAUGGCGUUGAUCCAACCAGAGGGUGUUUGGUGGUGCUUAGGCCGGACCAGUAUGUUUCUUGGAUUGGGGAGUUGGAGGAUGUAGGAGAGAUGGAGAGGUUCUUUGGCAGGUUCAUGCGUGUAUCCGCCGCUUAG